AUGAGUGAAGAAGAAAAUGUUAUUCAAGAUAAUGAGCAACAGCCUGAAAAUGUCUACGAUAAAGAAUCGAAACAAGGAAGCACAACCUCACAGUCAGAUAACGAAUCUGAUAAUCUUGAAGAGCAUCAAGAUUAUGAAUAUAUACUUCCGGCCUACUUUGGGAUACUAGAUCUUUUCGGAGAGGAUGUUGAAGUUAAAAAUUUGUUUACAGAUGAAGAAUGGAAUGAAAUGAACCAAGAUUUUAAAAGCAACGCUAAUUUAAACGGUUUGGAAGACGAACAAGAGAGGCCUCUAUAUGAGCUGAUGGACAAAAUCGCCGAGGUAUUGAGGAAGAAACCUUCUGAUCUAAUUAUCAGCAUUGAAAACUGUGUGAUUGAAGGCAAUAUGAAAGUAAAUGUAAUUAGACGACUCAUUCAGACAUAG